AAAACGGUUCAGUUGUUCGGUGCAUUUCCACCAGUUGACAUCCCACAGCGGAAGCCGGAGCCGUCUCUAUCUCAAAGGUUCGGGAUUACUACUUGGUUGGGCUGGAGGUUCUGUGCCUCUGACCCGGUGUGUUCUCCAGUUUGUGUAGUGAACUUUUGGAAAGCAGUUUGCUGGAUUGUUGUGUUUUUGGUGUUUGGUGGAGGGGAGCUCAGUGUGGCCCCCAAUUAAAGUGAUCUUACAUGGUGAAGUGGAAAAUUAUCAAGAACGAAAUUGACUCCUCACGCGUUCAGUGAAAAUGAAACCCAGCAUCUACUACACAGUGUUGCCACCGGGCCAUCAACGGCGGGUAGUGCGGGGCACGAGUGGUGGUCCCGGAUUCACCCUGCCGUUGCUGGUGCUUGGUGUGGUAGUGGUGGCCGUCGGUGCUGUUCCAGCGUCUGUCCUCACCAAUGCCAAGGAAGCGAACGCAGCCCGUCAUGGUGGAUCGGAGUCUCAUCAGCCACAGCAGUCCCGGAGCAGCGCCACGUCUAAUCCCAGCGAGGUCAAAAAUCAAAUAUCCGUUCCUCAGAAGCGUGGAGUGAAUCCGUUGUUGUACAACGAUUUCGACUAUUCGGCCAAUUCCAUCCCCCAUGGGGGCGGCAUGUGGGACGAUCUGAACGUAGUGCCACCACCGUCAUCGCCAUCGUCGUCGGCGGCCUUUGGCAGAGCCCUACUUGCCGCAGCGCUUUUCCCCGAGCAGCAGCUAGUCGACAACCGGAUGCGAAAUUACGACCUCGGGCCUCUGCCGCCACCCACGCAAACCUUCUAUGGCGAUCCAGUCAUCCCGUCGGUGAGCUACCCCUACGUGUUUGGUCGGCACGGUUUUGGCGAUAGGAGCAAGCGAACGACUAGCAGCGUGCUGGAACGGAACCCUUUGCGGUCGCUAAGACUAAAACGAAGCCCAUCUAAGCUGACGGCAGCUGACGCUCUCUCCCUGCUGGCACUGCUAGACUCCCGAGAUCCCUAUCCCUCGAUGUCGGACUAUUUCCCGCUCGUGCCAGCCAACGGACCGAAUGACGUUCUACCCUAUCCGCCUCCGAACUCCGUCUACCAGGACGUUCCCCUCUCCCUAGUUUUGGCUCAACUAGGUGAUACUUCCAGAAACACGGCACGGUUGGCCCCCUACAGCGAUGACGAGGGCGAAUGGAUGAACACGUGGACCCAGCCGGCCGUCGACUAUCUGGGCUUCCCGACGACGGACGUUGACACACUUUCCCGGCUGGAAAAUCUUGACACGAAACCCACGAAGAACGGAAUCUCCCACCAGAAGCGAUUUAUGAUUACGAAGAAGAAACGCAGCGUGAGCUUGGACGACAAUGACGACUGCAAGAACGACAACAAGAAAACCUGUCUGCUGCGAAAGUACAGUCAAUUGGCAGCCACCAAAGUGGCCCCAGCCUAGACAGUAGGUAACCGGACCCAUUGGCAACUCAACCCGGACACGAGACACUGAGUGUGUAAAUAUACGGAAAAUUGAAACAGCAAAUACACAUACAUACAUGAAAUACUGCAGCCUUUGGAAAGCCAGACGAAGUGGUACUACGGCUCUGUAGAAUAUAUCCUUCGGAGUCGAGACACCCUUCAGACCACUGCCUCAGGUUGCAAUACGGGAUGGAAUCAACGGCAACCAGCAUCGCAUCAAACGGAAACUGGAUGAUGAAUUUAUCAAUAUCAUUAUUAUUGUGAAAAUACCGGAUAGCAGAAAUUGUUUCCUCGUAUUUUCGUUCAUGAAAAAUCAUAACAUUGGGAAUGGAAUAACAUAAUAUUAAAGAAAUAAAAAAAGUAUUCAAUAUAUGAUCCCAAAUACAUAUUUAAUCUCUUUCGGAUACAAGUCUAACACUGUCCCGUUUCGAUGUUGUUCAAAAUUGAUAAAUGUAUCGUAAAGUAUAUCAUAUGGCUACCAUUGCAAAAGAAAACAAAUAUCAGACAUUUUAUAACAUGGAGAUCCAUGUACAUUCAGAGUUCUACUAAUUGACAUUAUAAUUAAUCAAUUUAGCAAUUAUAUACAAUACAUCACUAUGACAAAAUGCGAUAAGAUUGCGGUUCAGAGGUAAAAAUUUUAAUUAUUAGAUAAAUGAAAACUACAUUCUAUAUAAUCCCAAGCAGCAAGUAAAGCAAAUAUCUAUCGUAUAAUGAUGCUGAUCGUUCAAAAUCCACAAUAAAUAUUUAAAUACCAAACGGUGUCACCAGACACAUCAGAGGCACAAUAGAAGAGUAAAUCAAUUGAAUCGUGAUAAUUUCAAACAUUCAAAGCAAGCAGUUUUAUACUCUUAAGUUAUCAAGUACCGCCGUUAUGCCACGUAAUCGCCGCUGUUUCGCACAAACCAUCAGCGAAACAGACCGAUGCACUUGAUCACGAGUUUCAAAUAAAACGCCCUUGGUUGGAAAAA